AUGGACGAUGAGAGCUUUAUGUUCCCGAAUUUGUCACUGUUCGCCUUCACCAUCACUUUGCCAAAUGACUUUUUUAUCACAAUCCUACAUUUGCAACAUUUUUCCUUCAAACGUUAUCAAAACAAUCCGAAUAUGCGCCCCCAGUAUGAAUCCAAGUCCCCCGUGUCGAAAGGACUGUUCCUCUUCUUGAAAUUAAUCGGCAUGUGUCCCUUCACCCUGGAUAAAAUCGACAUAAUUCGCCGAUCAAAAACCGCGACUCUCUACUCAAUAAUUUUGCUAACAUUCUACACCCUCUGCUACUAUCGCGCCGUGGUAUCCAGGAUCUCCAUCAUGCUGCCACGUGAAACGAAUAUGCUAGUGGUGAUGGAUUUUAUAGCCCUUGGACUCGACUACUGGGUCAUCAUGGUCGUUUGGUUUUACGCGAUAGUUUACCAGAACGAGUUGAGAUGCAUCCUGAAAUAUUUUAUAACAACCAAACACGAAGUUGUGCUCCUCGGAAUGACAGAGUGCUACGAUGAUUUCUCGAUAAACCUUCACAUUUUCGUAAUAUCGUUGAAUCUAUUGUUCUUCAUUCUUUACAUAAUCGAUCAUGCAUUGUUGUAUAAUGUCGAAGUGUUCGAGUUUGAUGUGUGGCUACCGUUCAAUAUUCCACGGUGCGUCAGCAUCAACAUGGUGGGAAUAUUUUUUUACGCGCUGAAGACUAUUCAAAUGAGAUUUAAAUUUAUUAAUUUAACGAUCAAACAUUUUCCCCACGAUUUUUCCGACGACAACGUGUGCAACGAGAGAAAUUUCGUCACAGCAAUAGAGUACAAUAACAAUUACAAUAAAUUUUACAGACCAAAAAUCAAAUCAAAUACAAUAGCAACAGCCGAUCGUUUGCGAGCAUUUGGAAAAUUGCACAGAAAUCUACGAAACCUAGUUACCCUGAUGAACAAUUUAUUCGCAUUGCCACUGUUAAUGGCCCUCAUGAUGCAAUUCUCCCAGUUGAUCGUCAACAUAUACAUGCUAUUAAUUUAUAUCAGCGACGGUAAUUAUUGUCACUGGAAGGCCAAUUCUUCCAUGUCCAUUGUUCUCGGCUGGUUGAUCAUACGCUUGAUUCAAAUGCUGUGCAUUAUCGACGUUUGCGGCACCAUGAGUCAAACGGCCAAUAGAAUUGGCAAUUAUCUCCAUACGAUGUGGCUGAUGCGCAGACCGCAGGGCUCUAGUGACGUAGUUAAAAUACUCUCCCUCGAGUGUCUUCAACAGACGGUGAAAAUUCAAUUGUACGGCUCAAUUGGAGUGAAUAAUUCGAUGCUGUUUAAGAUGAGUGGCGUCAUAACGACCUACAUCAUAAUAAUGAUGCAGCUUGAUGGACAGCCUCGUCUGUUUGAAAUUGCCGACUGAACGCCGUGUCGACGCUGAUAACUCAAGAUGAUUGAAUGAAUUUUGUACAAUAAAGUGUUCGGGCUAUUACUUUAAUGCACCCAUUUCAUUAUUUUCAUCCGAGUAGUAUUC